AUGGAUUUUGAAAACAGUAAGAAGCCUGAAAAUACAGACGGAGAUUUUCUCAUCCCAGUGCAAGUUUCUUCAAUCCCUACUAACGAAUCUGAUCUUGAAGAAAAUGGACCGAAUGAAUUGAGCAGAUCUUUGCGAUCUGAUCAUGAUACAACUCCAUUAGAUGUUGAACUUCUCGAAAAUAUUAGCUCAGCAGAUGAAGCUUCUGAAGAGGAAACUUCCACUGCAGUUAAUUCUUUUAAUGUAUUCGAUAAAUACUGGAAACUGGGCAAUUUGCAAGCACAGAGAAACUUCUUGGCUGGACUGAUCACUAAAGUCGAUAAGAAGCGUAUGGUUGUAAAUGCUAAGGUGAAUCGCAAAUUCAACAUCCAUUACUUCCUUCCUAAGAUCGAUAGUUCACGUGUUCAAGUUUGCAAAUCAACAUUUCUCGCUACACUUGAUGAAUCCGGUCGCAAGAUAAGAACAGUCAUACGCAAGCAACAUUCGGGAUUGUGUUCACCAGAUAAGAGAGCCAGCAAUGCUUAUCGUAUCCCAGCUGAUAUUUUGCAAAAAAUUCAUACUCAUAUCCAAUCCUUUCCUUGCGUACCAAGUCACUAUACUCGUGCCAACAGCAAACGCCAAUACCUCGAGCCUCAUCUGUCAGUUAAGAAAAUGUACGUCGAUUGUACUGAAUCUCUUCCUGAAGAUGUCAAACCCUGCAGCCUUCAGACAUAUCGCAACAUUUUCAACACCGAAUACAACCUUGGCUUUCAUCAUCCAAAAAAUGAUCGAUGUGACUUCUGCGCCAAAUAUGACGAGUAUCCUGUAGGAACAGAAAAAGAUUAUAUGACUCCUGAAUAUGACGCCCACAUUAUCGCAAAAAAUCAAGCGAGACUGAGAAUGCUUGAAGAUAGUAAUAAGUCUAAAAAUGAUAGGAUGUUCAAGUGUUUCACAUUUGACCUACAGCAAGUUCUUCUGGCACCAUAUUCCAAUGUCAAAAGCUUCUACUACAAAAGAAAGCUGUGUGUCUACAAUUUGACGAUUUACGAUCAUGGCGCAGGUAGAGGCUACUGCUACGUUUGGGACGAAACAAUUGCACAACGUGUGCAUGGGACUAUCGAAAUGGCAAAAAAGGGGCAAAAAAUCUAUGUUCCACAGGAUUGGCUUCAGGUGAUCGAAAAGGCCAAAGUUCAUGGAAUUCGAUACGAUGCUGUCCCUAUGAAUCAGAAAUCCUUCAUUGAUUUCAAAGCAGUGAAUGAAAAGCUAUUCGACAUGAAACUCAAUUCAAAGACUGUUGAUGGCUAUAAGGUCAAAUGGAGCAAGAUCGUUUCAUUUCGAUUCGAAAAAGGUUCAGAGAAUCAACUGAAAAUUAAAUAUGGAUAUGAUGAUGAGGAAUAUGCCAUUGUCAAACUGGGCAAAACAGCAACCGAUGUUGAAAUUGCUCAAGAGUUACCUCAACUCUAUUCUUCAAUUUUGCCAAUUUCUUUAGCGGAAAAGAAAGAUUUGAUCACUAUUUCAAAUGCUGUAACCUUCCCAGACACAGCAAGACAAUAUUACCAGAAUCUUGAGGUCAAUCGAGGGAAAAGUAGGGGUUCAGAUGAAUCAUUUCCUGUGCGACAUGAUCAGUCAGCUCAUGAUGCAGACGCUAAUGAAGAUCAGGAAAUUAACUUGGAAUCGCCUCCAGGUCUAGAAGAUACUUACUCCAAAUCGGGUGAAAAAAAAGAACAACCGUCCAAGAAAAGGAACUCGAAGCGCGAGAAAGUAAAGCGGAUUAUAAAAUUGUGA